AAUCCAGAUCCGCCAAUGGUGAGCACCCUGGAUCUGGCAGAUGAGUUGGAGGACCCGGAGGAGGGGACAUCUCUCUGCCAGAACAGGACAUGUGUUCACGCUCGCCAGAGGGUCCGAGAAUUAGAUCUGGAGGUUCUGCAACACCGCAAGAUCAUUGGUGACCUCAACAAGCAGUUGCAGGGACAGCCCGGGCCCCAGCCCCCUCCACUCCAGGUCGAGAGCUCUGAUGAUGACCAGCAGCCCCUGCCGCAGCAGUGGCAACAACAGGAGCCAGAUGGCUCAUCCUCGUCUGGCUCUCUCACCUCUUCCUCCUCUUCUUCCGAAGAGGAGAACCACCAGCAAGAGCCCCAGAGUGAGGUCCACCUGAUUGUGUCCUCGGAUGAGGAGCAGCCGCCGCAACAGCAGCAGCCCGAGCAACAGCAGCAGCCGCCACCGCUGUCACAACAGCAGCAGCCCGAGCAGCAGCAGCAGCAGCCCAAGCAGACGGAGCAGCCGCAGCAGAGGGUCAGCUGCGGCCAAAAAGAAGCUGCCUUUCAGCAUGGCCUCCCCCGCUGUGGCAACCACGAGCGAGAAAAAGGCUGCCAGGGAGAUAAAGAGUAA